AUGAUUAGGCGCAUGAAAGAAAUGAAGAAACUCUUUCUGGAUAGUCAAACCAGGCUUAAUGAACUGUGCAUGGAUCCUACAUACACUAUAGAUUACUUCAAGGCCCAAUGGGACCGUCAACGCGAAUGCCAGCUUCAGGUGAUUGACAACAAAAGUAUUCAAGCUUUGACCGAGAGAUUGGCUCAUUUGGUGGAGCUAGAAGAGCAACUGAAAGAAUCCCACCUUGAAUUGAAGACACUGCGACGCAAGCGCCAUCGUCAAACUCAAGCAGAACGGCACAGCGUGACGACUCUUCCGGAGACAAUGGUUGUCCUGGAGGAAGAGAUUGACUCGGUAAUCGAAGAGCUUGGGGGAGACAAAUUCCGCAAUAUUCCCGGAGCAACCAGUCGAGUGGGCAAUCAUCUAAUUCGUGUGCGAGUGGCUAAAUCCAAAUUGUACGAAGCAAAGGUGGGGGUUUUAGAGGAGAUAAAACAAUCAAACCAACGUGCUGACCACGCACUUGACCGAGAUGUAAAUCGGUGGAUGAUGGAUUUGGUUUUGAGUAUUACGAGUGCUCGUCGGGAGGAUCAUUUGGUUGAGAGCAGGCAAGUUUUGGAAGCACUGCUUUGUAAUCUCAGUCGGAGUCACUGUCAUUUGUGGAUGUCAUGGAAUCAAGGUUUGUUGAAUGUACUUUCAGGGACAUCAGAAUAUACAAAUUUACCAAUUGAAGAGGAAACUGGGUUCAGAGAAAAGUGGAAUACAAUUAUUGAAAACAGCAAAGACAUAUGGGCAAGGAUUACAAAGGAGCCCGUGAUGAGAGCAGAAGGAAAUGAUCUCCUGGGAGACGGGGAAGAUGAUGAUAUUGACAAUCAGCUGGAUGAUAUGUAUAAUGAUGCUUUUCAAGUUGACAACAUGUUUGGGAAUUGA